GCCGAGCACCCCUAUUUCAUCGUUGGCCGCGGUUGGGCAUCGUGCAGUCCAGAGAGAACGCGACUCACCUAUGGACUGGUUUGCCGGCAACUCAGUGUUGGUGAUGUUUGUAUAACACUGCGUCACAGUGAACGUGGAGAACCAAGCGGAACGAGCAGUAGUGCGGAUCGUCCAGGACCAUCUGGCUUACAGCACCAGCAGCAUUCUUCGUCCCACUCGCAACAAUCUUCGCGUCGACUUUCAUUGCCGGUCAUUCGUGUGGAGAGGCGGCCUGGUGUUAAGUCCGCUCCACCACGUGAAUCGUCCAGCGAGGAGUUUGCACUGCUCGACAUACGACAGUAUUUAAGAAGGCGCAGGCGUAAAUCGAAUCCUCUUCUGAUUGCUUGAUUUGCCGAAAUGUUUGGUCUCAUCAUCGACUUGCUGUAUGGGUGA